AUGCCCCACCAGGUCUUAUCUGGAUUUCUUCAUCAUGUGCUCCUCGUCAGCGGGAGUUAUUGCCAACCGCGGCCAGGCCAACUAUGCUGCCACACCAACACCUUUCUGGGUGUUUUUGCGUGUCAACUGAUGACAGGAGGCUACCCGGCCACCUCGAUCAGUCUGGGAAGCGUGUUCAGUGUGGGUUGGAUCGUGGAGAACCAUUUUAGACUCUCCAUCGCGCUCGCCUACAGGGCCCUCUGGAAAGAUCUCACAUUCUCUAUCCUGGAAUAUCGUAUAAACCCUGCCUGGGGGGUGGCGCAGAGUACCCAGACCUGCCACACGGUGGUCGGAAUACGAUCCGCGCGGGACUUUCAACGCCAGUCCAUCCCUCUGCCCAGGUUCAUGACCCAUUCGUUAUUCUCUCCGCGUCGGGCCAUUGCAGGCAGGUCCCAAAUGGCCGAACAAGAGGUCGAGGCGGCGGUGGACGUCGUAACGCGGACGAUCGUCGAUAAACUGGCGCGUAUUAUGGCACUUUCCGUUCAGGAGAUUGAUCCGCAGCGGUCGCUGGGCUCGUACGAGGUGGAUUCCCUGGUAACAGUGGACUUGAGGACUUGGUUCGGACGGGAAGUGGGGGUUUCCAUGGGAUCGGGAGAGCCGUUGGCGGAGCUGGCCAUGACCCAGUUGGCCCGACAGGCUGCGGACGGAUCACAGUUCUUGCCGGCGGAGCUCGGGAGAAUCAGUGGUGCAAACCCGUCCAUACGGUGCCCCUUCGAGGAAUAUGAACGGAUCCUUGAGAAGAAUCCUAUUUUGGCUGUCACUGGCUGUACGGAAAAAUUCUGCCAAGCUGGACGUCUCAUUCACAGCGCUGAGUCAAAGGUCGGGGAGAAUCGUCCCGUCGAAGUGGUGCAAAAUGAAGCGGUGGCUUUUCUCUGGCAGUUGUGGCAGGAAGGCAUCUACACCGAAGACCGUUACCUAGAAAGGCGCGCACAAGUACUGGAGGAGAUAGCUCAAUCAACUAAAACCGCAAUUGUGUGGGAUCAGGAAUACAAGCGAGUGGGCAAGACUUGUAUCUGGACACAAAGCGCCGAAGAACUUCGCUAUGGGCUGCGUCUGGUUGCCUCGACCACCGGCAGUGGUGCCUUUCCUGCCAAUGGAGCUGAUUUUGCAAAUGCCUUAGGGCAUUUCCGCCACACGCUCAAGGUUGACUUUUCCCGUGUCCGACUGUCCGUCUUUGGGGUUGGGGAUAGUGCCUGUCCCAAUUCCAAUGCCGCAACAAUCACCGGCUACGACUAUUUCCACCACCUCAAUAUCUUGCCCAUAGCUGGUGGAUUAAUAAAGGCCGAUGUGGCAUCCGAAGCAUUGCCGUUGCGCAUGUUCAAUCGCUGGUCGGACGCGGUCGAGUCUGCGUUAAUGGGAGGGAAAGGCGAAUUGACGAGUGAUCCGGAAGAAGCGUUCGUAACGCACGCUGGGGUGCUCCGCAACUUUAGGGAAGUGGUUACCUCUAAGGCAUCCAGUCGGACGCACGAUGGACUGAUCCUUUUGACUCUUGACGGCAUCGAAUGUGCCGAGAUGACUCACCUACGGAUUCUUCCCACGAAUUCCUCAUCUCAUGUCUCCCGAGCCAUCAUAGCCCUGGGAAUCACAGAUCCUCAGCAGCUUAUACCGUUCUCUGGCGAAGGGCUCCAGUCGUGCAGCUACAAGGCCUUCUUCACCAACUUCGUUGACCGGGAGGAAAGAAAUAAAGUUCCAAGCUGGGCAGCCGAGGUUGACAAGAACGGCGAGCGCGAGAACGAAAGUAUCCUUGUAAGACUGGAGAAAUUAUCGGACAUUAUAGAGCCGUCGCAGUUGACUCAAGGCUUCCGUCAUAAAAUCUGUCUUGCUUGCCCACUUAUCAAGCCCCGAGCCUAUUCCGUGGCAUCAUCCUCGCGGUACAUCGGCGAGAAGAAGGUAGAGCUCUUGAUUCAGCCACAACAGCAAGGCCGAUUCAGCGACAUCUCCCUCUCCUCCCUUCAGCCAGGCGGAUCAGUGGUAUAUGCCGUCGUCCCUGCCUCCCCUGCAUCUUUUCUUCUCGCUGUUCAAAAGCCGCUUGUUAUCAUCACCACUGGCUCUGGAUUUGCACCAGUCCGCAGUCUACUUCAGCAGCGGAUUCAGACUGCACAAGAAUGGGGAGGACAUAGCAGCACGACACACCCAUUUCAUACCGCUCCCAUCAGUCUAUUCGCGGGGUUUCGGCCUGUGGGUGAGAACCUCUUUCACGCGGUAGUCCACCUGGCGCAGAGGCAUCGUGUGUUAGAUUUGGCCUGUCUUGUUCCUCGUAACCGCGAAAAGAAGCGUAUCCAAGGUUUUCUACUGGACAAACGUAACGAAAUUCGGACGAAAUUAGUGGAACAGGACGGAUAUGUCUAUGCCUGUGGGAGCGCCGCUAUGGCUGAAGGGGUGCAAGCUAACCUCAGCAAGGUUUUGGUAAGAAAUGUGAAGCAGAUAAUGGGCGAUAUAUAUGUAGAGGAAGUUUUCUGA